AUGAGCAGCAAUCGAUACAAAGGCAUCAAAAGGUGCAAGAGCAUGCCGACGAUUGACGAUGAGAUCGCCAAGGAUAUUCGCAAACCGUUAGUAGCCUAAGCUUGCAAGAAAGAAAUCUGAUGACUUCAUUCAGAGCUGCAAAGAGAAUGCUGACGAAGACGAGCACUUCGAAGAGGGAGUACAUGGGACGGAGGAGCCUCGGAGUCGCCGGCGUUUCCUCCAAAGGUAAACUCAAUUCAUCGCUUGUGCCCCUCGGCGUUUGCAGACUCAAGCCAAAAUUUUCUGAAAUUAGACUUGAAGUCUGCAAACACCGAGGAGGCAAGAGCGGUAAAUUGAGUAUAACUGAAAAGACUAUUCUCGAACGACCUUAUUAGUGCUUUUCAGUCAAACGGAAAAAAAGUAAAACGGAACGGGACAGAGACAUUUACGACGAAUUGUACGAGGAUGAAGGAUACCCGGCAAGUGCUCAGACCUUCCUUUCUCUUUCUGAAUCUCUCAUUUUCGCAGGCCUCUGCUUCCUCCUCCACUGGCACCUACAGAUGCAUUCCUGUGCUGGAGCCGAGCGCCCGCAGUUCCAGUAUCUACCUGCCUUCCGUGGAUUCCAGUUCGAGCGACACCGAACGGAACCAUCACCGUCCUCCGCUUCUCUACAGUGCCGCUCUCGCCACCCCGCAGUCCCUUUCGAUUGAGUCUCUGAAUGACAAACUGGAGCAGUUGGAGGUGACCGAUCGGAACAAGCUGCACUUGGAGAUUACACAAUUCUUGAAAAAGGCGGACGGCGAGAAGAGCAAGCAGAUCCAGAUGUCGCAGAGACUUAUGAACUGUCCCCAAUUCGGGCAGACUGUGGUAAAAAUGCGAAUCUCCUUAGUGUCUCCACAAAUUCAAUUUUCAGAGAUUGAUAGUCGAGGAAAGCGGUCACACGAAAUAUACAUUCGAGAAUAUUCUUUGGCUCAUUCUGAAGACCUACUUCUCGCCGAGUGCGGCAGGGAGAGAGAUGAUGGUCGGACGGCCGGAAUGGAAGGCCGAAGACGAUAAAAUUGUGAAGGCGAGAGAGCAGUACAUGACAGUCAUGGACAGGAUCAAAGAGUUCAAAUUCGAACUGACGAAAAGUGAAAAAGGUUUGGGAUUCAUGGAAGUUUUUAAACUUGAACUGAAUUUCAGAUGAAACCUCGUACGAUUCUCUAAAUCGUCGAAUGGAAUUUUCUCCUGAUUACUGCGAGAGUCUUCGUGAGGCGAAAGAAAAAGUGACGGACAUUCUGGACAAGUACGACGCUUUGGUUGAACUUUUUCCGAAUCGAAACGCCCUGUGGAAAGUAGUUCAAUUGGAUAGGGGAGAGGCGGAAAGGACGCUUCUGGAAGGGCGGAUGACGUCGAUGAGAGUGUGGCUGAACACUCUGAACGACGUGACAGACAAGUUCAAAGCGGUGAGUAAAUAACUAGAAGAAGUGUCCGUUCAAUAAAUCCUUUCAGUUGGGAAACCUUUUCGAAGUAGGAUCAAUGACCGGAGGAGAAGAGUGCUGGUUCCGCCCACUGGAGGGGAGCAACCAGAUAUUCGCACUCGAGGAUGUUCGUGUAGUCUUCCUCGAGUACGUCAAGAAGAGUCUGAACUUGAAAGGAAUGAAGAAGGUGCUGACUCGCGUCGAGAAACUCAUCGAAAUAACUCUCGUGAAGACGGCGAUUUUGAUGCAGAAACCGCCGACUUCGUACGCGGCGGCGACUGCUUCGAAGGGCGUUGCACUUCCGUUCAGCCAGGUAAUGAAGGAUCGGUACGGAGAGAUGGCCGAGUGGCGCUUCUGCAACCCCCUGGCUCUCGCCCUCAACCUGCCCCCGCUCACUCAUCUCUUCUUUUUCCUCGUCGCCGUUCCGAUGCAACUAGUCGUUCACUGGCUCGAGAUCAGAUCCGAAACGGAGCCGCCGGACUCCUGUCUUCUAGACGAGCUCACCUUCGACGCGAUGAUCACCGAUUCGAGGGACUGUGUCGAAGAGGCGGUGCGGAUCAAAAAGAACUAUCUGACGAUUCUGCAGUCGAUGUGUCCCAAGUGUGCCAUGCCGGGAUUCCUUUAUCCGCUCAAGUACAACACCUACGUGCUCGACGUUUUCAAGAAGUACAUUCAUUACGUAAAGUGCUGGUCCAACUGUGACUCCGUCCGGAAAGAACCGACUCUUCUCUUCUCCCGUCUUGAAAUGGAAUGGUCCUCGGCAGUUCUGUGUGCUCGUUCGGUCAAAUCGGCUCUCGAACUGCUCUGUAACACGUACUGUGAUAUCAUCGAAUCACUCAUUCGGGAGGUUGUUGAAGUGUUCGCCGACGAUCAGAUCGAAGAGAUUAAGAGCCGAUACUUUUAUUCUGGAGAGUCGGAAAAUGAAGAUGAGGAGGAUGAAGAAUUAGAGUUCGUGGAAUCCUCGAAGAGACCAUUCCGAUUGUCGAAACAUCAUCGCUUCAUGAUUGAAAUAAACUCGUUGAUCCGAGAAGUCAAGGAACGGGAACUCCGGAUCUUUUCCCUUCUCCGAACGGUUCUGAAUGACAGCCACGAUGCAGUCGGCUACGAGCUCAGGCCAGGGAUAGGAAGGGAGAGAAUGUUCAGUGAAAUGGUCUACGACUUCUGUCUCAUUCAACUCGUCAUGUCAUCUACCGGAGGAGAAGAAGACGAAGACGACGACCUCGUGAACCUUCCGAUCGUUCUGUUCGUCGAUAAGAACUCAUCGGAUAAAGCGUACGUGGAGACGUGCAUGCUGGCGAUUUCGGAAGGCCGGAAGAUCGACGAAGGAUGCAUUGUGAUCGUGCCGGACACCAAUCACGAGCUGCGGAAGCACUGGAAGGGACGAGUCGUGAAGAUUGUGAUCGACGAGGAGACGAGAAUCUGUUAUCGAUGGCUCAGAGAUGUAAGCUGAACUCCUACUCUAGCUUUCUAUUAUCUCAAGUUUAGGAUACUAUUUUGUGUCUGACGAACGGAAAUCUUCGGACUGAAAUCGAGCAGAAGUACUCGGCGCUCCUCAAAUGCCUGGCUCCCGCGUGCUCCUCAAACCUGCUGAUUCACUUGAGAAUCGAACAACUCACGGUACAAUCCAUUACAGCCCUUUUUCCUUUUCCAACCGAAUCAUUGCAGAAAGAGUCUCUGCUUCCCCACCUGAACGAGGAAAGGAAGAGAAUCGGAAUGCUUCUGGGCAAGUUGGGAUCCCGUUUUGCCCAACAAGAAGUGAGAAUAUUUUGCGAGUAAGCGUUUCAUUUUGCUCCGAUUACAGGAACGAGCCCUUUCCAGCCUCGGGUUCAAACUCGAGAAGCACUUUCUCGUCGCCUUCCAAAUCCACCGUGACGUGGCACGAGUGGUCAGCGAUUCGUUCAUGAGCGGUCUGGGAAAUGAGAUAGUGGACAAGGCGCUGAUGCUGACGAGGCAAUGGAUGCAGUACGUGCAACUUAAGAACUCGCAGCCGUCGCCCACUCUUCCGAUGUGGGCCUCUCCGGGCUUCACGUUCCUCCAAUUCAUCACCGAACCGAAGUGGAGCAACGCGGAAAUCAUGACCGACGAACAGUUCAAAGAGUUUUCGGAGCUUGUGAAGCAGUUCGAAACCAAGAUUAUACUUUCAUCCUCGAACAUGAGCACUCCGGUGAUUCUGAAGCAGAGAAUGACUCGCUCGACGAGCUCGAAGACGUCGUCUUCGUUGGAGAAUCAGAAGAAGAACAAGAAAGAACGACAGUUGGAAAGGUUGCUGGAGAUCGAGGAGAAGAGGAAUCAGGCGGUGAAUUUUCCAAACGGAAUCCUGAAAUCUGAAGUUAGAAUGAUAUUCAGGAUUUGGAAAACCUUCAAAUCGGAAAAGUGAUAACGGACGACAAACGGAGACAUUUCGUGCUGGGAACGGGCAAACAGGUCGUCACGAAAGCGCCAUUCCAAUGGGUUCUUCUGGACCCGAUCGGUGAGAGUCAUUCUUUCUUCUCACUUCAUAUUUCCUAUUUGAUGCAUCUUUCAGCGUCUGGAAGUUUUGGAACAGUCUACCGGGCCAUGGAUCUUGAUUCGCACCGGGUCAUCGCGGCGAAGGGAAUGGAAAUUCAGAGAGAAAAUCACAAAGCGAUCGAAUCGGAAAUUAACAUCUUCCGCCAACUGAGCCACGAGAAUCUCGUCAAGUACUACGGAGUGGAAGUGAAAAACAACGACGUGCUCAUUUUUAUGGAGUACUGUUCGCAGGGAACACUCGAACGAAUCUGCCACGGACGGAUGGAUCUUAAAAUGGUCAGACAGUACGCGCACAGUCUGCUCCGGGCGGUUCAGUACUUGCACACGCAGAAGAUCAUCCAUCGGGACAUCAAACCAGCCAACAUCUUUCUCGACAAGUGCACCGUCCUCAAAUUGGGCGACUUCGGCUGCUCUUCGCGUCUCGUCGAGACUUCCACAGUAUACGGAGAGUUCCAGACGACGGUCGGAACUCCGCAAUUCAUGGCCCCCGAAAUCUAUUCGUACGGAGAAAAGGACGAAGCGACUGGAAAUUACAGCGGGUACGGAAGAAGCGUGGAUAUUUGGGCGGUCGGAGCAACAGUUGUCAACAUGAUGACGGGCAAAGUGCCGUGGGAAGGACAGACGAGACAUCAGAUUGCAUUUGCGGUAAGCAAUGCCUCCAGUCGAUGUCGAGAAUUGCACGUUUCAGGUGUGCUUUCGGAAGAUGAAACCCACAUAUCCGACGAUCGCCGACGAAAGAACAGACGUGCAAGUGUUCCUGGAUAAGUGUUUCGAAUUCGAACCAACUGAACGUGCCACUGCCGCUGAGCUUCUCCAGACGACGUUCGCGAAUGUGAAUGUGAAUGUGAGCAGACAGUGCUCAAAAUUAGAUUUCAUAUUACUGUUUUCAGGACGAGUACCACGUGCCCGACUACCAAUCUCAGUCAUCGAGAGAUAAAUCGGCGCCCAGCUCCUUUUAUAUGGUCUGA